AUGGUGCUUAACGCGUUGAACGUACCGCGUCCGGCUUCCAAGAUGACACUCGGGCUUGGCAUGUUCGACCAGGAGAACAUUUUCACACCAGCCGCCACCGCCGUGAAACCGGCCGCUUCGAUCGUGAAUCCGCCAUACGGGAUGACGCUUGACGAACUUGGCGGUGUUUUUGCCGCACAUGAUCUCGUCGUUGACGUGGUUCAUGCGUCCGAUUCCGAUCUGGAUACGUUUCGCAAGACCGCGGUCUCCCAGCUUCGGGACAAUGACAAGUUCAUUCUUGUGAAUUACCUGCGAAAGUCCAUCGGCCAGGAAUCCGGCGGCCAUAUCUCGCCACUCGGCGCCUAUGAUGAAGACAGCGACCGUUUCCUCAUCCUGGACGUGUCACGGUACAAGUACCCUCCGGUCUGGGUCGAGGCAGCAACGCUGUUUGAUGCAAUGAAUACGGUCGACGCCGACAAUGACGGCAAUACCCGGGGAUAUGUCAGCGUUGGUCACUGA